AUCAGACACCACCACAGCAAGCGAAACAAAAAUUACACGAAAUGCCUCCUAAGAAGCGUGCUUCACCCACGAAAACAAGCCUAGGCUCAGGUCCUAACAAAAAGACCAAAACGCCCCCUGUUGUCGACGGGCCGUCUAAAUACGUUGAGAAUCCGUUGUCGUUUAUCGAAUACGUAGAACUUCAAGAUCCAAAUGAAGAACCAGAUGUCGAGGUUCGACAUCUGCGCAAGGAGAAAAAAGAUUAUACUGGCAGCGAGGUUAAAAUUUCCAAAGAAGGCUAUGAUAACCUCAUUAAGAUGUAUAUCGAGGUUGAGAAGCGGACUCCCGAGAGCAACGGAAUAGCGCAUAUCUACGAGGAUUAUGCUGGGUAUGGUAUCAUCGAGGUGAUGGAAAAACAGAUACUUCAAUACGAGAAAGAGAAGAAAAAGUCACACUUCGAACUAAAGCUCUACGCCAUCGUCGAAGCUUUGGUAUUUUUCCUGGAUAGUUCCUAUGAUGGACGGUGGAUGCAUGUCGACGAUGGUGACCGCGUCGAGGAGUUAAUGUGCCUUAUGGGAACCCUCUUCGUAGACUGUUUUCGCGAGCUAGACAAGGAAACCCCCAUUGGCCGCUGGCUAGCCCCACCUGAUAAGACUCCGCUUAAAAACCUAGGCCUAAUAAUGGGGCUGGCAAUUGGUGCUGCCGGCUGCUGGAUGGGCGACGCCGAAAGCAUGGAUUUCUGGUCUCAGGAGAUUGAGAGAAUGGCGGAAGCCAGAGGUAUUCAACUUAGGAACUGUAGCGGACCUAUCAAGGAGAAGAGUGACGGAACCAAAAUGUUGGACUUUAGCUCUCAGUUGAAGGCGUAUAAAAAGAGAAACGGGGCGCCUAGUAUCGGCGGGAAUCACUUCGAUUUGAGUAAAAUUUCGGAGGCGGAGAGGAGGAGGUUGGAUGAGGGGGAUAUCUUUGAUAUUUGAGACUGGGGGAUGGAUUUACUAAUGCCAUGUUUGUAUUUGUGAUUCUGGUUUGGUGGUUUGAUCUUUCUCUCUGCUCGGGUGGUUGGGUGGGCUUUUGCUAGUUCUUAUGGGCGGGUGGAGGGG